GGAUCUGUAAGAUGAUGCAGAGGGGUGACAUUCGUUCGGGGCCUUGGCUCGGUGCUGAGUCCGCAAUCGGCGGUUGCUGUUGUUUUUUGGAUCCAAAAGAUGGAUCGCGGUCAUGCUGAGUAUUCCGAAGAUAUUCAUCUUCACAUGUAGAUCGGACGGUCUAAGAAGUCCUGUAUGAAAACACCGCGGACCGCAUUGAAGUCUAAUAGCCUCCUUCUUUGAUAUCUUCCGCCUCUCCUCCUCUCUCUGCUCCACCUGUCUUGUCUCUUGCCCUGCCUCCCGUCCUUUGGCAAAUCACAACUCCAAAGAUGAUCGAUAAACCCCCCAUCAGAAUCGGAAACGUCUCCGGCGCAACAGGCGACCAUCCCCACGCCAUGAGGCGCAUGCUCCGCUCCGGCAACGUUCAAGUCAUCACGGGUGACUGGCUCUCCGAGAUGAACAUCGCCUGGAACGCAAUCACCAAGCGCGACGUCGACCCUGACCUCGGCUACGAGAAUGGCUUCUAUGAGCAGCUCGAAGAAUGCAUCGACGACAUCAUGACCAAGGACGUGCGCGUCGUGACGAACGCGGGGGCGCUCAAUACUGUUGCGUUGUUUGAUAAAGUUAAAGAGUUGUGCAAGAGAAAGGGGUAUCCUGAGAGUGUGGUUGCUGCAGUCCUGGGAGAUGAUGUCUCUGGGUUACUCCAAGAUACUUCAAGGAGGGGGAAUUUGAAGUUCCCGCACUUGGAUCAUCCAGAGAUCACUCUCGACGACUGGGGUUUCGAGCCCUGCUGUGGCAAUGCGUACAUCGGGUGCUGGGGAAUCGUGGAGGCUCUCAGAGCAGGCGCGCGCAUUGUAGUUUGCGGACGAUGUACCGAUGCUUCGCCAGUGAUGGGCGCCGCGGCGUGGUACUACGGCUGGAGAGAAGACCAGCAACAAGAGCUGGCCGGCGCGCUGCUCGCGGCGCACCUGAUUGAGUGCGGGCCGUACGUCGUGGGCGCCAACUUCUCCGGCUUCAAAGACUUCCUCCCAGAGCUUGUCGAUCUCGCGUUCCCCGUGGCGGAGAUCUCUCGCGACGGCGAGUGCGUUAUCAGUAAGACUGCUGAGGGCGGCGGUCAUGUUACGCGGCAUACCGUCACGGCACAGCUGUUGUAUGAGCUACAGGGCCAUCUCUACCUCAACCCAGACGUGGUGGCUGACCUAUCCAAUGUCCAUGUCGAAGAGCAGAAAGACUCCGGGGAAGAUCGGGUUAGAGUGUGGGGUGCCAAAGGGCUUCCGCCGCCACCGACAACGAAGGUCAUGUUCGCUGCUGAAGGAGGUUACCAAGCCGAGGCGACGUUCUACAUCAACGGACUUGACGUGGGCGACAAGGUGACGAUGAUGAAGAAUCAGCUGAGUUACCUCUUCAAGGACAGCAACUUCAGCAGGCUGAGCAUCGAGCAGUACGGAACACAGGCCCAGAACCCUAGCUCUCAGCAAGCGGGCACCGUGCAGCUUCGUGUCUUUGCGCAGGCGCGGAAGAAGGAGGAUAUCGCAGCCGUCAACUUCAAGGUUCCCAUCUAUGCUGUUAGAAUGCAGAGUUAUCCCGGGUACCAUAUGUCGCUAGAUUUCCGAACGAUGGAUCCCAAGCCGUUCAUGGAGAUGUUCCCAGCGCUGAUACCACAGUCAGCUAUCGACCAUCAAGUGCUUCUGGGCUCAGGAAAGCUAAUUUCCGUUGCUCCGCCUCAGAACACUGCGAUAUACAAGAUUGAGAGGCCAUCCGCAGACACAGCAGAUCCAGUUGACAUCGUCUUCUUGGGCCCGACGGAGUUUGCGCCUUUGGGAAGCGUUGUCCACGCUCGUUCCGGAGACAAGGCCGACAACUCGAACGUGGGCUUCUUCGUUCGCAAUGAAGAUGAGUAUCCCUGGCUGCGGACUAUCUUGACCGUGAGUCGACUGAAGCAGCUGUUGGGUGACGACUGGUAUAAGAAUAAUCCAGACCGGAGGGUCGAACGGGUCGAGUUCCCCGGGAUCAAUGCUGUACAUUUGUAAGUCGAGCGGCUUGUUUGACUGUAUCAAUGUUGAGGAGUCGAUACGUCGAGGUGCCCCGAACCUUUUUACAGCGGGGUAGGAUUUGAUGUGUGACGAUAGCUUGUAGGAAUAACGGAUGAACGUAUUUGCCCUCAAUAUCUCAUGACGCUAGAAGUAGCGACUUGGAGUUUCUCCCAUCCCAAACAACCAAUCUUGGGAAAGCUGAGCAAUGGCAUCGCUGUGAUACUGGUCAUAGCAGAUAUUUUGCAGGUCCUCAAAGCAGUCUCGUAGAGUCUCGUCGACACUCAUGUUGAC